AUUCUCAUGCCUCUGUCCCCCUACAGUGCAUUCACACAGUGCUCUUAAACCAUGAAAAAGAGUUGCAGAGUGAGGAGCAGUGCUGCUUCAGAGCUACAUUAAUGCAGUUUUCUCUAUUCUUUUACCUUCUUUUGUUAUUAGAUCUAAAUUUUAGACAUUUGUUGUAUUUCUCUUUAGAAUGGUCUUUAAACAUCACUGGAGUUUUUCUUGCAUACUGCAUUUAAAAGUGGAAGUGCAGUCAAUUACUGAACGGCGUUGAUUUUUUUUUUUAAGAAGACAUGACAUGCAGCCGUGUGGAAGAGACGGUAAACCUGGAGGAAUGACAGCGUGGGAAAAUAUGCCACUUCAAAAGGACAGAUAACACCCAAGUGGAGAGGAUCUGAAGAAGAUGGAGAGCUCUAGAGGAGAAGCUUCACGGGAUAGGAGGAGCGGGAGGUGGUGAGGGGCGGAGGGACACAGGAUGGCGUGAGGACAUAGGCCGGUGGUUGGUUUGAUCGGAGCCACGUGUGCGUCCGGCAACGUCUCUUCGCCGUUUCAUGGAUGUUGAUGAGACACUGGUUUCCCACGCUGUCCCGUUCUCCUCUGUCUUGGCCCAGGCAUCAUGGGAAACGUUUGAGUCAUUGAUGAAGACAUCAGGAGUUUAUAUAUCUGCAUCCUCCAGCUCAUCUGCAAGCAUAAAGACAUACGGGAAUCAACCAUUUUGUUUAACUGUUAGCUCUGAUAUGACUCCCUUUAAGUAAGCUACAGUAGAACUGUUCUUGAGCAGAAAAGCUCUAUUUAAAGACAAGCCCACACCGGAUCUAUUGGCAAUGCCAUCGCCCUUCUCUAAGAUGUAUUUGAAACCAUGGCUCAGCAAAGGGCAUGUGUUCUAUGCUGGCAACACUGAGCAGCCAUGAUCGCUGCAUGUCCACCAUCUCCUUCAGCCAUGAAGUUGACUCUAAGCUGAUCGUAUGUGGUCAGCAGCGCAGUGGCAGAAAAUUCCACUUCAACCUCAGUAAAACCAAGCUGGACAAUUCAGUCAACCUUGUGAAAAUGGCAGCAGAGCAUUUCCAGCUCGGGACAGACGAAGAGCUCCAGGCAGCGUCAUCGCUAGCAUCCCUCCAUCUCAGGGACGGCUUUGGGAUCAGGAACCCUACCAACAUGGAUGAAAAUCCAGAGCCCGACCCUGCCCUGCCUGCGAUUACCUCAUCACCUCUCAGCCAAUCACAGCAGCAUGCAGAGAUAGCUCCACAAGCAGAUCAAGUUGAUAUUUCAGAGUUCCUGGAAACAGAAGAGGGCCUAAACGACGACAAGGGGAAAACUUGCAUAAGAGGAAGGGUUUCAGAGGAAUUCUCCCCCCACGUUGCUCAAGAUCAUGUAAAUCCUGACCUGAAAACCAACACUGGAGAAGAAGAAGGUAUCCCAUUAGAGAACAACAUCACCAUAGCUAUGGCAGCCUCUGACAGCAGCAGUGAUGAUCAUCAGCUGGCUGAAGCAGAGUGGUACUGGGGCAACAUUUCAAGAGAGGCAGUAAAUGAGAUGAUGAGAAACACCCCUGAUGGUACAUUUCUGGUACGAAAUGCUUCCAGCAGAAUUAAAGGGGAAUAUACUCUGACACUGCGAAAAGAUGGGUACAACCGGUUGAUAAGAAUCUUUCAUCAUGAAGGAAAAUGUGGUUUUUCUGAGCCACUGACCUUUCCGUCGGUGGUAGACCUGAUCCAGUUCUACCGGAAGAGGUCACUAGCUCAGUACAACUCUAAACUUGACAUAAGGUUACUUUACCCAGUUUCCAGAUACUAUCAGCAGCAUGUGAUGGAGAUUGACAUCGCUGCAAUUGGGGAGCAGCUGAGGAUAUUUCAGGAUCAAUACAAGGAGAAGAGCCAAGAGUAUGACCACCUAUUUAAGGAGCUGAACCAAACCUCACAGGAGCUUCAGAGUAAGAGAACAGCAAUUGAGGCUUUCAGUGAAAUCAUUCGGAUAUUUGAAGAGGAGUGUGAAACUCAGGAACGUUACAGCAAGGAAUACAUUGACAUGUUCCUCACCUUAGACAGUGGCACAAAAAAUGAAAAAAUUCAAAACAACUCAGAUGAACUGCAAUCCAAGGUGGAGGAGAUCCACAACAGCAAGAAGAUGCUGGAAGAAGAACUAAGGACAAAAGCUCUAGCUCACAUGGAGGUGGACAGAAAAAUAGCGAGGCUGAAGCCUGAUCUUGUGCAGCUCAGGAAAAUCAGAGAUCAGUACCUCCUGUGGCUGACCCAACAAGGAAUGAGGCAGAGUCAUAUUAACAACUGGCUGGGUGAAGCAGCUGAUGAAGAGGACCCAUACACACUUGAAGAUGACAGCCACCAGGAGGAGAGGAGUUGGUACGUCGGAGGUAUGAGACGAAAAGAGGCAGAGGAGCUGCUGAAGGGAAGGCGAGAUGGGACGUUCUUAAUCAGAGACAGCCAGACUCAGAGAGGUUCCUUUGCUUGCUCUGUUGUAGUGGAUGGCGACGUCAAACACUGUGUGAUCUACAGGACGUCUACAGGAUAUGGCUUCGCUGAGCCCUACAACCUGUACUCAUCGCUGAGGGAGCUCGUCCUCCACUACCGUCACACAUCACUGAUCCAACACAACCAGCAGCUGAAUGUAACCCUGGCCUGGCCCGCUUUCAGUGAGCAGUCCAGCUGAGACACACCAGCACACCACCAUGAUUCCCAAAGUUUCACAGCAUAGCACAGAGGACACAGUUACCAAGCUUGAACAAAGUCCCCGUUAGAGAUUCACAGCUAGAAGAACUUACUCUGAUUGGUUUUUCACUAAAACUACUACAAAGAACAGCGGUUGGGUUUUAUUAGGAUUUUAACCAAAGAAACUUCUACUCUGAUUAGGUCCCAGACUUAGUCUGCAAUCCUAAAAGUGUGUAACUGAUGUUUCCCACAGUAAAGUUAGGCCUUUCAGAUGAAGAGGUAUCCAGUUAAAGCUGUCUGAAGAAAAAGUUACUAUUACUCGUUUACUAUUUCUGCUGCUUAGUUCCUAAAUUUUCUUUGAUAGUUAACCCUCGUGUUAUUGAACAUAAAUAAAAUAGAUUCCUCUUUAUUAUGUCUUAUUUGAAAUUAGGCAGAAAUAUAAGACAGCGUGAAGAUCUAACAGAGAUUUAUUUCUUUAAAUAAUUCUGGUUUAGAUUAAUAUAAAAAAUAACUUUAUAUUUCUUUUCUAAGGAUUUGGACAGAAGAUUUUUACAUAUUUACAGUAUAAAAACUCUUUAUCGCUAACAUUUUACAAGACUAAAACUGUUGGUUUAAAGAUUGUUAAGAAUUUGUGAAAAUGGUGCCUUAAAGAGUUUCGCUCCAGCUAUGAUAUUCAUAGUACAGACUUUUUGUCUGAUGAAAUCAGUAGGUUGUUUCCGAUUAAAUAUAUAAUUUUAAAAAUUCAUAGCGAUCAUUAAAAAGAAGCAAUAACCUCGAUUUAGAUGUAAUGGAAGAUUUUAAAGAAACCUCAGCACAGAUCCAUAUAAACAUAAAAAUAAGCCUCUAUUAGAGGCUGUACUAUUAUAACAUAAUAACAGAAACAUACAUAAAAUGUGGAUGAGUCAAAGUACCAUUGCAAGCAAGUAAGCUUUCUGUGCAGAGGAGAAUUGAAAGCAAUAUGGUGGCUUUCCUGCAUUUAUUUUAGAAAUUGCAAUCAAAGUUUUUAAUAGUCUGCCGAACAAUUUUACUUUUAAUUUGGAUACUUUUAGGUUUAUUUUAGGGAUCAUAACUUGUUUUAGGGCAGCUGCCAUUUUUAAUUACCGGUAUUCUGACCAUGAAGCGAAACACCAGCUACAGGCAUCUGAAACCCACCAUUAAAUACUACUUUGUUUUGAAGAGCAGUUGUUUCACUAAAUGUGAGUAUAAUUACUGUUAGUGAACCUGAUAGAAUCGCUGUUUUAGCACAGAUCAUCUUUACUUUAAUUACCAAAACCCUAGUUUUUUUGUAAAGAUCAACACAGAUUUGCGCUACCUGAACACCUAAACCUGUCAAGUUGUUGCCAUUUCCUCUAAUACAAUGUUAAUAUUCAACAAAAGUCUAAUUGAAAAGAUUCAAAAGACAUAAAAGCUGAAAAAUAUCUUUAUUUGCAUUAUUUUGUAUGAGCUUUUAAAAGGUGACAACACAUUUAGCAGCAAUGUUUCCUGUCAUUGGAUGAAUAUGCUAACAAAAAUAUAUGAAUAGUUUGUUCCACACAUUUUUUUGGUGAAAUUAUGCAUUGAAUAAAAAAAAAAGUUUUCCAUUAUUUGAGAAAAAUCAACCUUUUUUAACGGCUGAUACAAUUUUUGAUUUUUACAAAGCUCUGAUUUGCUGAUGCAAAUUAUUUUUCUAAAACAUCUUUUAAUGCAACGGAAAAGAUUGUUUAGUUUAUAUCUGUAUGGACCAAAAAAUGGUAAUCUCUUAAUUUUUAUUGCAAUCAAUGAAAAAGAUUUGAAAAUAUUUUGAGGUUUUCUUUAAAUGUUUCUUCUUUCAUCUUUAAGAGUUGAAGGAGGGAAAACUGAAUUACCUUGACUUCUGACUGGUGCAUCUCUGCUUUUUAAACAUGUUAACCAUCGGUACCAGUGGAUAGGUUAAAAUAGUUUUUCAGAUCAGCAUACUGGAAGGGAUUCAAGCCAGAUGAAGUGUUUGUUAGCUAUCCGUUACGGUCCUUUAAUAAAUAUUAGUAACCUAAAACGUUCAUGAUAAUUCAGUAGCAUUGUGAUGUAAGACACAGUACAGAGCAAACAUUACCUCCUAAAGCUUUAAAGUAGUACUACCUCAGUUUGAGGUAAAACUCAAGUUUUAAACACUGUGUCUAAGUAAGGAGAUUGUUAGUUUAAAAUUUCCAAGCUUAUUUUCUGUUAUUAUUAUUAUUAUUAUUAUUAUUGGGAUUAUAAUAAAAGAAUUGUUUACAUUUUAGACCUAUCCAGGAUUAUUUAACUCUGGGGGAAACUGAUCUCCAAUCCAGAGGCUUUGGAUUGUGCAGUCUGAGUGGAGAUGACACAUCACUUGUGGAUUACAGUUAAUCGUUUUAAUCUGUUUGUGAAGAGGGAAAAUUGAAUGGCUAGUUCAGUUCUCUCUUGAAAUUAAGAUAAAUACUUUGGCGUACAUAAUAUUUGUUGAUCUCUACCAUGAAGCGUCACUUUUAUUGCACUUCUCUCUUAACACGUGCUUGAUUGUCUUUACGUACUGUCACUCGAUGUUGUCAGUUCUGUUAGACUGUUACCUGCCGUGAAGUGAGUCGGACAGAUUUUAGCUUUUCUGGUUGUGAAAAAACAAAAAUGUUAUAAGUUGCAUGAUCUAGUUAUAAAGCAUAUAAUAUGUUAGGCUGGGUACUGUUUAGAAACCAGUUUUACUUCAACAAUGUUAGCACCAGCUAGAUAAGACACUUUCUUUGCUCUUUACCUCAAACUAAUGUAAAGAUUUUUCCUUUCCUUGUGCAAUUUGUGCUUGUCAUGAUUUGUUGUAGUUUUCCCUUAAUGCACCUGUUUUAAAUGACACACUGGGAGCCUGCCUGUCUGCAACAUGUUUAAAGUUCAGUGUGCCUGUAUCCACAUCCGUCUGUUAGUUUUGCACAGUAUUAAAAUGUGACGUCUUGCAAUGCACAGGUUUGGAACAAACCAAUGGAGUGAGACGAAAAGAUUCGACUUGUAUGAAAGCAAAAAUAAUUAGGAUGUCUGCCCCUUAUGGUUCAUGUUGUGUAUUUGUACUUUUGGCAGACUGAAAUAUAAAUAUGUUUAAUCAUUUCUUUAGAGACGGGCUGUAUAUCCGUUGAUUUUGUUGCACAAAUCCCAAAAAAUAAAUAAGAUUACAUACGGGUUUUAUGUGAACAAAAGCAGGCAUGACCACUGAUCUGUGGGGUUUCAAUCUAAUGCAUAGCAUUUGCACAAGAAGUAUCUUCACAUAGUUGCAGAUACUUUCCUCAUGUACACCGACCCUUUUUCUGAGGCAGGUGGACAUGUCAUAUCUGUAUAUAGAUCUAUGGAGAAAAAAAGUUGCUAAUGAGAUUAAUGUGUCGUAGCAUCAAUGAAAAGAUAUUGUAGCGUCUUUAUUUAGAUGACUACAAAUAUAUAGUUGAUAUUUUCUGUAAAGUUGAAUAGUUUUGUGCCCAAUUUGGUCUUUUUCUGUGUCAUUGUUGUUUUUAUGAAUGAUGUUUUAUCACUGUGCAAACACAAUGGAAAGUGUGAACAUGUUGAGAUAAAAAAAAAAAGAAAAAAAGAAAAGCUGCUGAGAGAAUUUAGGCAU